UUGUCUUGUCUAUUCAGGUACAUCAACAAGGAGGAAUGGUGCUGGCGAGCACUUCGUUGUCUUUCUCGGCGUUGUCCCUAUUUUUACAUUAAUUGGCAUCCCCCUGGACGUUCGGUGAAAGAUUAUUUGAAGGUCAUUUUAACAGAGAAAUUACAAAUUGAGGAUGAACGUAGAGCUGCUCGUGAAUCGGGACAUUCCACAUCUGGUUCUACCCGUCGAGACGUUUCGGGUAAUGUAACCGAACCGUCACCGGCAAAACAGCCCCGCUUGGAUUCCGAUACCGCUGUCGAUGGCCAACCGUCAACACACUCAACUCGCCCCAAAGUUGUUACUACAGACGGGGAGACGGGGGAAAAGCGUGGCAAUGUGGGCCGACAAGAGUCAUCACAACCCUCAAGUAAUACUCAUCUACAGUCGAAUGCUGAUGACCAAGACGAUUCAGUUCUCGAUGAAGACGACCUCUCAGUCAAACAAGACGGGGAUCCGGACUCAGGUGAUCGUUUGGUUGAAGGGGACUCGUUUUCCGAUGUGGCCUCCUAA